AUGGCAGAACUGCGUACGUCGUAUGCCAGCGUAACGGCUCGCACAUCCAGCCUCCACGACGCUUGUGAUCGAGCAUUGGCAUAUCAAACAGCACUUGCUGCAGGAGCUGAGCAGAUCCGAACGAAUUUGCAUUUUUUCAAGCAAGCCGAUAUCAUUAUGAAGAAACUGAACAAUACGACAAAAAUUUCUGUAACUGGUCAAAUGUUCACUGGGAUCCUAGCCACGAUCGAUGAGUGUCUCACCUUUCUACGUCAACAUCCAGAGUAUAAGGAGUCUGCUGCUUACAUUGUAAAAUAUGAGCAAUGUCUCAGUAGGGCGAUGACAUGGAUCCGUGUCGGAGUGAUGGCAGACAUCGAGGCUUCCGUUAACGAUGUCAGAGAUCGGCAGUCCCAGUUGCAGGUAGACUACGCUAAAUUGGGCCGAGGAGGAGCUGAUGACGACACUUUUGCUCUGUUGUAUGGUGUAUUUGCUACUCGAGCUAAUUCCGUUAAAGCCGCACUCUCAGUUGCCGAGCAAAGGUUUGCCCAGGUCCCGGAGCUUCAAGCAAUGCUGGCUGAGUGCCAGCAGGCUUACUUCAAUACUAGACAGCAACUUUUGACGCCAAUUAUUCAAGCUACUCUCGCUCACAUGUUUUCGAACACCUACGCAGACUCUUCUUGCGCCUUGACACGGAAUAGCUGUGCGUUCAUUUUGGGUCUUUGCGAUGACGAGUUUCCGUCUUUAUCGGCAGUUCUUCUCAACGGGCCAGGUGUCAGGCGGUCCACCGUCUCGUUUCGGUCGACGGAACAGGCCAAAUCCGUCAGUGGUGGUCGAGCCCGCACGGCAACAUGCUUGAUACCCUCAAUCAUCUUGAAGAGUUAUAUAAGGCAAUUUGGCGGUUGCUGCUAUGAAGCUGUCCUAUAUGGUCAAACUGAUAUUGCUGGCUACAAGCCAGCGGCGGGAGAUCUGGCAUAUCCAGAGAAACUAGAGAUGAUGAGAAGAGGAUUGAGAUGGGCAAAAAAAGGGGAGAGGAUGAAAAAGCGCGAGACAGCAGGAGGGACGAUGGAUGGACGGUUAAAGAACAGAUUUCUGAAUCUUAACAGCAAUAUGCGCAAGAACUCGUCGUCGGCUAGACCAAGUCCUGCACCAAUUUCCGCUGUUGAUCUGCACUGUCUCUGGUAUCCAACUGUCCGUCGGACUGUCAUGUGCCUUGCAAAGUUGUACAGAUGUCUCGACGUGGCUGUUUUUCAAUCACUUGCUCGUGAUUUGUUGACAAUGCUGCACGUCCCUGGAGGCGGCAGCUCUACACAUUGCUGCGGCACCAUCCAAAAAGAAGAUAUCUUCUUUCAGACUGGUCAUACAAAGAAGUUGGACGGCGAGUUGUUCCUGGUCAAGCAUUUACUCAUUCUGAGAGAACAAACUGCUCCCUAUAGGCAGGCUGCGCACAGGAUUCUAUUAUGGCCCCAGAUGCUGAAUUGUCACCUUGCUACACUCGAUGUGGUUCAUAGAUUUUGCGUUGCGAAUGAAGAGCUUUAUCUUCGCAUGAACAAAAGCCGAUGGUUCGAACUGAGUUCCAACAACGCCUUUGAAUUGCUUUUCUCGGUACCCAUCCAUGUUUCUGAGCAAAGCAGUGAUACCCGCCGUGUGAUAGACUUACAACUACGUACUCGAUGUAAUCAAUUGAUCGCUACUAGUGCAGAGUUCAUAGUGGGCCCUUUGUUGAAAUGGGUUGACACCGCAGAAGAUGAACUGUUGAAACCUGACUUCGACCUCAAGAAGCAUCCAGAUCUCGCACCCUCAAAGCUCAACGAUUUAUCGAAAGUUGCUGUGAAGGCGCUUUCACAUGCUUGGCCUGAGGUAAGGUUGAAUCACGUAGAGUAG